AUGACCGAACCUAACUAUACCGUGUGGGUACCCGGAAUGAACGAAAUGGAAAACGACUGGAGACCCUCUCGAUAUCUUCCAUCACCGGAGGGCACAUUGCUGAGUCAGACUUUGCAUAGAAAGAUUAUCCGGAUCAGCGAAGACCGAGUGGUCAAGUUCGGCUUCAAUCUCAACCCCAGCGAAGCAGCAAAUCUCCAAUCUGUCGCAGAAAAUACUACCAUUCCAGUCCCCAAGCCCUAUGAUGUUGGCUGGGAAGAUGGCAAAGUCACAUCUAUUGAAAUGGACUAUAUGCCGGGAAACCCACUGGACAAAGUAUGGCCUUCUAUGGAUUCUACUCAACGACUAUCUAUCGCCAAUCAACUGCAGGGUUAUAUUUCUCAACUGCGAAAGCUGAAGGGAGAUUUUAUCGGUUCGGCUGAUCGCGGUAAAAUCACUUAUGGUUCCUUAUUUGCGAUUCGCUGUGGGCCCUUUGACUCUGAAAAAGCCUUUAACAAGUGGAGGCUUUCCGAUAUAAAGAGAGAUCUAAAAGACCCGAUGAAACCGUGUGUCAUGUUUGCUUUGCCAGAUGAUCAUGAGAUUCUCUUUACCCACGGCGACAUAAGUGCUCGAAAUAUAAAUGUCGAUGAAAACGGGAACAUCACUGGUAUUCUGGAUUGGGAAACCAGCGGUUGGUACCCCAAGUAUUGGGGGUAUGUCGAGUCAGUCCACCAGCGGUCUGAUCCUGAUGGCUGGACUGACUAUCAUUCUAUCAUCUUCCCAGAUCGAUAUGAGAGAGACUUCAUAAAUUGCGUUUUCAUGGACAAAUUUACGCGAUACAAUUAA